UUAUCGUACCAGCCAGCAGCCAUAUUAUUGUUAGAAUACAUUGGCUUCUAAGUUUUUAAAGCAGUUUAGUGAACUCAAAAUGCUUCGGAUCUAUGUGUGAUAUGGAAGAACUGCUACAAGAUAUCUACAGAGAAGCUACAGGACCGAAGUUAAUCUCCCUCAAAAAAUCAUGUCAGGAUGCGUUAGAGUUGUUAUGUAUGCAAGAAAGCAGCCGGCGGGCGUCGUUCGACCUCCGGCGCGCGUGCUUCUUGCCGCUGCAAAUCGCCCUCGAGAGCAAACGCCCCCGCUUGGUCGGCUUCGCUCUCCAGGGAUUUCAUAAAAUCCUCCGCGAUGAUCGCUUUCACCGAGGCAUCGAACCCGAAGACGAUUCGCUAUGGAUGCCUUCCCAGCUACUCUGUGCCACCACGUCGGUCAUGUACCAUUUACCCGACACUCAAGUACAAAUAUUCCGGAUGUACCUUUCAAUGGCGUUGUCGCCUCGGCGCACGCUCAACGGUCGUCUGUGCGUGUGGGCGUGUGGACGCUGCGGGGAAGCUGCUGGUGCGGCCCCGCAUGUUGCUGCUGCCGCGAGGGCCGCUGCUGCUCAGAUGCUACGAGCAUACUGCGCUCAGCUAGAUGAGGAAUGUCAAGAAUUGCUCUCGGAGGGUUCACCUUUGGGAAGGAACCACAUCGUAGCUGUGGGGUGUUACAGCGAAGUCAUACCAGUCAUACAAUACUUGUGCAGCAGGCUUUCAGAGACUCAAUUGAUACCGAAACAGAAUCCGUUAGCUCUAUUCUUUUUGGACUGUCUGCUAACUUUGAUGUCAAGUCUUUCGGAAACAGUAAGUGGAAACUCACAUUUCACAACGUUCCUGUGGCAGAAAUUUUGUCCAUCGCUCAUAUCGUUCUUGGGCACUCCAAGAGUGGAUAAAAAUAUUAAAUCCAGAGAACAUGAUGGGCAUCUAGUAGACGAUUCUGGUAGAGGAUCUGGCGCGUUAGUUUGCGCUCCAAGCUUUAACAGCAAACAAGCUAAAGCCAUUUACAGCAUUGCCAAUCAACUGGUUCGUCUCGUUGGGUCGACGUCAAAUUUAAGACCAGUUCUGGAAGCAUUGUACCACAGAAUGCUUUUGUACCCUCCGGUACAACAUCGUGUAGAACCAUUGCGUAGUGUUCGAGAACUGUUGCACAAUCCGAAGAGGUUGUGCCAACUUGUGCUCAUAAAAAAAACGGAUCAUCUCGAACGCCACAGCGAUGAUAUGGCUAUUGUCAGACUGAUAAUGGACGGAAUUGAAGAUUGCAGUCGCAGUGGUAACCCUGAAGUAGUGGCUGCCGCAGUCGAAUGUGUUUUCUCUCUUCUCGAUGCUCUGGAGAAACUUUGUUCUGGAUCAGUGGAAUACCUACCACUGGAUAUGGCGACCCUAAUUUUGAACCACUGGCCGAAAUUGCAAGACGCUGAUUAUAGUGGUCCGCUCACUUAUCAGACCCUGGCCAGACUACCAAGUCCAUAUAGGGAUGUGGUUGCUGUUUUACAAAGUAAUGAAUCUAAGGACCACGAUUCUUCUGAUACUUCUGGUCCAGAAAAUAUAAGCUCCGGCAGUGAAGCCGAAGCAGAUUCAGAUGCAGACAACGUCUUCCUUCCUUCUAGAGCAAAUAAUCCUGGGUCACCAAAAAAUGCACAAAAAGAACCAUUUCAUGAUAAAACAAAAGCUGUCCCGAAGACUUUGAACCUUGGAAGAUGUACUGUAACAGAAUGUAACGUAGAUUUGGAAAGACAUAAUGCCAGACAAUUUGUUAAAACUCUUCAGAAUUCCUUACUGCCUAAGCUGAUAAAUUUAAGGACAUGUAUUGAAGUAGAUGAAGCAAUGCAAGAAUUUGCAUCUAAAUGCUGCCAGCACAACGCGUCGCAACCACCAGCCACCGCUUGCAUCAUGAAUGCCGAUGGUGUGUACUUGGCCACGUACGCAGCACUGCUUCUUACUUUGAAACAGCGACGCACAAGAUAUUAUACAGAUACCAACAAAAUUCCAGUGCCACUUACAGAAGACGAAUUUGUGGACGAAGUGCAAGGUAGUGGUGUUUUGGUUUAUCUAUCUGCAACUUGGCUACGGGAGCUGUACCAACAAGUGCUGGCUACCGAUUUACUGAAAGACGUAGCUUCUGCUGAACAUCCACUCAUACAUUUAUUAUCAGAUUUGGGAGGACUAGACCAAAGCCCAGUAAUGUCUGAUUGGCAGAAGCUAAAACAAGUAUCAAUGUUUUACAAUAACGCUAACAAUUCACCACAAUAUCAGGCCAGCUUACGUUGGGCAAGAAGAAUACUAACAUGUAUCUGGGACUCAAUGGUAACAGUGUUCAGUGUACCACUAACUGGGUACAGAAAUAAGAAACACAAAUUGCGUGGAAUUAUAACGACAAAGAUAAACACGUUGGGUAAGAAGAAGCGCAUUGCCUGGGAAGGAUUGACGAUACAAUGCUUAGAAGGAUUGCAUAAGGCAGCACGAAUAAGCACAACGCUAAGCUUGCAGAAUCGCUGCAGCAGUAUAUUAGCACUGCUAGCAAAUUCAGCCAUUUCCCAGCCGGCGAACGGAAAAAUUCUAUCUACGCACGCCUUGUCACUGGACAUUUUAAUCUCAGGUGGUUUGGAACUGGGUUCUAAAGCCCCAGAAUGCUGGGAACACAUCUUUGCUGCUUGUCAGUACGUCUCCAGCUUUGAACACUCGCUAUUCGGGCAGCAGGGAAACAAUGCUACUCCUAUUGUCACUAUGCAGACCGGUAGGAACAAGACUGUUUCAAUACUCCAGGCUGACGCCAAGUUGGUACUCGAUGGAAGAGAUGAUGAGACCUGUGUGGAUAUAUUUAACUUCUUGCAACCUGUUCUUGAAAACAAUUCAAACAAUGAGAUGUCGGUGGCCAAAAUUGUGGAAACAUGUAGGCAGGAGGCAGGCAACGUAAUUUCGGGGUCGGGGGCAGCGCGAGUUUGUUGUGCUCUUUCUGCCGCUGCGGACGCCCUAUUUACGCGCCUCGCUGCCACUACCACGCUGCCGACAUUGCGGGCAGCAUUACAACGACUUGUCGCGCAUAACCAUAGAUUGCUAUUUACCUCAUGGGAACAAGACGUAGCUAAUAACAAUCCAACUUGGUGGCGUCGUGGCAAGUCGGUUGCGGGGGGUGUUACAGGGGGAGGAGAAGCGGCGCGGGCAUUGUGCCGGGCUGGCGAUGUGGCUCUAAGAUGUCUUCGAGCUGCAAGACCUUUAGCUCAUCGUAUGGCAAUAUGGACUGUAGUUGGACCUCAUUUCAUGCAGGCUGCUUGUCACAAGGAUAUCCAAAUAUCAAGUUUGUCCAUCCAAUGUUUGCACGACUGCGCAACAGCAUUGCUUAAUCAACAAGUCGAACUGCCUCACUUCCACUUCAAUGAGGCUUUGCUAAAACCGUUCGAGAACCUUCUAUGUUUGGAACUUUGUGAUGAUGACAUACAGGAACAAAUAAUAUCCUGCAUAUGUGAAUUUGUUGAAACAAAUAGAAUGGAAAUAAGGUCCGGAUGGCGUCCAUUAUUCAAUACGCUCCGAGCAGCGAACAACUCAAACCAAUAUUCAGCUAUUCUCGAAAUUUUCAAAGUAUUUUUAAAUACAGACAAUACUUUAGUAUUUGCCAAUGCUGCUCUUGACUGCAUUUUAUGCCUCUUGAGCCAUAUUAAAGGACUACAUUAUGAUGAAGUUCAAGCGUCAGAAGUUAAACCAAAGAAAGUUAUCACUCCUUCUCAACCAAAGCCGAGUCUAAGUCUUAAAUUUUCAAAGAAUAGUAAAUUUAUACCUCUUAGCGAAGAAAAGUCAGAGAAAGUUAUUGUUGAUAUGUGUAGAGAGGCACUUUACCAUUUAGAAAAUUGUGCUGAUAUUUUAACAAUGAUGUAUAAUAUGCCAAAAUGUCCUAUUUUCAAUACAGGGAAUAGAAUUAAAGGAGACUUACUACUGUCAGUAGUUGAUCCUAUUAUACCAAAUGACUCCCUUGACGUUACCAAAUAUAUCGUAAAUGAUAAUUGUGAGGAGGAACAAAUUUCUUACAGAAAACUAUCAACGAACUUGCCAAUUUCAAGUACUACGAACAAUUGCUUGUUGAAAUUCGAUAAGCCCAGUAAUAUUUUUAAAGUUUGGUACGUUCUGAUUGAAGGUUUAAUAUCUGCCACAGUUGUAUGUUCUAAGAAAAAUCAACCUGCAGCUAUGGAGACUUUAUUUAAGUUACUUAAAAAUAUAGCCGAUGUUCCAGGAACACAUUUUGGAUUCCAUUGCAUAAAUCAUAUGCUACUACCAACCGUACAAAACUGGUUGAGGCAGAUUAGUAACGUCAAUACGCACUGGGACAGCGUAAUGCCCAAUUUUAAACAAUGCUGUGGUAUGACUACUGACACAAUAGUAGUAUAUUUACAUCAAUUGCAGCAAAUCAAUGUGGAAAGAACGACAGCCAAUGAUAAAGGCGAGGAAGUGGAGCCAAUUGAAAGUUCAGAGGCAACUUUUGCUUUAAAGCAAAUUAUGUUAAUAUUAGUGGAAUGCAUUGCUCAACCACAAGAACCAAUUGCUCGAUUGGGAGCUUCGUGUAUAAGGCAUAUAAUAUUAACUUCAGGUCAUCUUCUAACGGACAAUCAAUGGGAAAUUAUAUGCAUAAGCCUGCACAGGGCGUGUAACGCUAGUUUGAGUCCUUUGAAGCAACUAACUUAUGCAUUCAAUGAAAAUUCUAACAGCUUUUAUGGAGAUCUAGCUAUUGUUAAAGUAGCAGCGAGGCGAGAUUGCUCUGUAAACGACAACGUGAGAUUACAUGCUAUGGCCCAACAAGUAUUUUUAACAGAACAACUAAGAGUAGACACUCAUACAAAACAAAGUGGAAAAAACUGCACCCAAAACUUAAUCGAUGAUCGAAGUUACAUAUUUCUUAUCUAUCUGCAGGAGUCUAUUAAUUCCCAUAACCCAGACUUAUUUACAGUUAGGAUCCCUAAUAGGGGGCUAGUUGUUGGACUUUUAGCUCACCAGAUAUUGGUUCAGAUCAUUGCAACUGUACUAAUUCAAGCCUCGUCGGACGUAUUUUAUGGUAUAAAUAGUAUACUGCUAGAAAGCUUUAAGAGUGGCACAAAUAUUUGUAAUUAUAAGUUUUUCCUGAAUACGGCUAAUAUUAAUCUUUUGCUAAUGAGUUUAGAAUUAUCAUAUACCAGGGCGAUGCAAUUUGAUGCAAGACCAGGACUGAAGUUUCUUGUACAAAAAGUUUCGAAUUUAGACUAUGCCGCCAAUUUAUACAAACAGACGUCUUCCUCGUGGCUGAUUAAAACUAUAGCCCUCACUGAAAUAUUUUUCAGUGGCGUUAAGAAAUUCAAAAUAAGAUCAACAGACGUUACAAUAAUUUUGAACAACUAUAAAACAACACUAAACAUGACAUUGGAAUAUGAUCAAUUCGUGAUGAAAAUAUUUGACCUGAAAACGACUUGGGAACUUCUAUGUUGUAACUAUGUAAAGCAUCUUAUAAAUGUAUCUGAUUUUGAUAAUAGUGACAAUAGUAAGGAUCGUAUAUCAUGUAGUUCUGUAGAAACAGAUUCUUCGUCUAAUAAUUAUGAGCACUAUUUUUCACAAGAAGCAACUGAAGUAGAUAACGACACCACUGUGGAAAUAGAACCUACUGAAACUGUUUGCAAAUCUAUAGAAAUCGAAAUCGAAAAUCCGAAACCAUUUACGUUUGCAGACUUUAAAACGAACUCUAUUAAUGAAGAUAAUCCUACUGAAAAAGUAAUAGAUGAAGAAUUAAAAAGCGCAAAGGAAGCUAAUUUCGUGGAUGAGUCUGAAAAUAAAAUCCAAAAUGACUGCAAUGACUACGAACAAAUAAAAAACAGUGUCCGUCGAUCAGCUGACUACCCUCAAAGUGAUAAGAGCCCAAUUAAACUGAAACAGCGUUCAACGUCUGAAAAUAACGAUAACACACGAAAAGUUAACAUUACAAUUUGCGAUGGGCCUGCAUAUGAAAAGAGCAAACAUGUUGAACCAAUAAUCCCACCACAGCCAGUUCCACCUGAAAUAGAACAACAAAGAACACUGAGUAUUAACAAGGACAUUGAAGUACAAAGAAAUUGCUUCCAGAAUAUUUUAAUGGCGUAUCUAGAACUUGUCCUGACAUUUCCAUUAGAACGAUUUCAUGUAAUUUAUCCUGUUUUACAGACUGGAUUUAUGCAACUAGCUAAAACAGUCACUGAACCACAACUUCUUGAUAGAAUCAAUAUAUUUUUCGAUAAAAAGGAUCUAACCGAUUUUAGAUAUAAGUAAUCAAUCGAUAGUUAUAUUGGAACAGUCAUAUUAUUCUUAACAUUAUAUUCUUCUGUCUUUGAUGUGCGAAAAUAAAACUACUAUGUCAUGAA